UGACGGCGUUGCCCAACUUCAAGAUGGCGGCGACACGGCUUCGUCCGCCCAUUAGGAAGUGGGCGGAAGCAUGCAGCGGGCUGCGACGUGGGGCUGGCGGUUGGCGCGGCUGGUCCGAACCUCGGGCAAGAGCACCGGGCCAGGUUCACAUCAGGGAUGCAUCCGAGACAGUUUUGGGAAGAGGCGGCCGUGGUCCGGUCCGGCGGGCGGCCGGCGGUGCUGGCAGCGCCCACUGAGUUCGGGGCCAGAUUCCGGGCCCGGUUCUGCGGCUGAACUGGGCCGAGUUCAGGCCUCUCACUACCAGCUGGUCUACACCUGCAAGGUCUGUUGGACAAGGUCAACUAAAAAGAUCUCCAAGCUUGCCUAUCAUAAAGGUGUGGUGAUUGUAACGUGUCCCAGCUGCCAGAACCACCAUAUCAUUGCUGACAACCUGGGCUGGUUCUCAGACCUGGAAGGGAAGAAGAACAUUGAAGAAAUCCUGGCAGCUCGAGGAGAGAAGGUGAGGCGAGUGACGGGGGAAGAGAUUCUCGAAAUUGUUUCAGAGGCUGAAGCUGGACCGCAAUCUUCUCCCUCAGAGGGGGAAAGCAGUUCUGAUCCUACAGAUGCCACAAAAAAGGACCCAGCCUGAUUCAGAUGAAAUGUGGAUUUCCCCCCUGCUUUUUCCAUUUUAUCUUUGUGCUGAAAAAUAAAAGAGAUUUUGCCUUUGUUUUUAUAAACAAAAAUGAAUCAUCUUCAAAA